AUGUACCAGCCUUGUGUAGAGGUGGAAGAGGAGAGCUUCACCCGGGAGAUUUUGGGUUCUCUCGUCUUUCUUUACUUCAUCAUGGAAACGCUCAUUAAGACAAUAGCCCUGGGAUUCAUCGGCCAUAAAGGAAGCUACCUGAGCAGCCACUGGAACAAGUUUGACCUUUUCAUCAUCUUUGCAGAGCUAAUGGAUUAUACGUUUGGAUUCUUUAAUCUCCACGUAGAAGCAUCUCAUGCCAUCAAGCCAAUGAGACUAAUCAGCCGAGUACCAAGUAUGCGGAUAUUGGUGACAAUACUCCUUGAAACGGCCCCCAUGCUUGGUAAUGUUCUCAUCCUCUACGCGUUUGUCAUCCACAUCUUCGGAGUCAUUGGAGUUCAGAUGUGGGCGGGGAAGUUGCGCAACCGCUGCUUCCUGGGAGAGGACAUCCUGACAAUGUAUAACGUGUCCCUGAGUCCAUACUUUGUGCCCAUCUUUGGUGAACAAUCCUCGUUCAUCUGUUCACCUGACGACAAGAGUGGAGGACGCUUUUGCAGUGAUGUGCCGCCCUACCAGGAGCAUGGCAAAAUCUGCACACUGGCAGCAGACGAGCCGAUCCAAGCCGGCCAAUGUGUAAACUGGAACAUGUACUACAAUGUAUGCCGUGCUGGGGACCACAACCCUGACUUGGGAGUUAUUAACUUUGAUAACAUCGUCUAUGCCUGGAUAACCAUUUUCCAGGUUGUGACACUUGAAGGAUGGACCAAUAUCAUGUAUUAUGUUAUGGACUCUUAUUCCUUCUGGAGUUUUGUGUUUUUCAUACUUGUCACUAUUAUGGGCUCCUUUAUCAUAAUGAAUGUGUGUGCAGUCAUCAUUGCAACCCAGUUCUCGGAGAACUUCGCAAGAGUCACAACAGAGCAGCAUGCUGGUCCUCUGUCUUUUAAAAAUCUCUUCAGGAAGUUUGUUUCCUUCCUGAAGAUGAUGACCACCAGGGUGCAUCCCAUCAAGAGCUCAACACAUGUCAAACCCACACUGCAUCAGGUCUGGAUCCCUUUCAAGGAAAAGUUUAACAUUCUUAUCAACACUAAACUCUUUAAUCGAAUCAUCAUUAUUGCUAUUUUCAUCACUAUUGUUACCAUGGCGAUAGAGCACUACAACCAGCCUCAGGAGUUGACGCAAGUAUUAAAUGUCAGUAACAUAAUUAUUACCAUUAUAUUUGUGGUGGAGAUGAUAAUAAAGCUGAUCGCCCUCUCGUGGAUGUACUUUGCGGACCUUGACAACAUCUUCGACUUUGUGGUUGUUCUCAUCAGUUUAUGGGAAUUAGGCUUCCAAGCUGAUGGCAAGCUGUCAGUUGUGCGAGCAUUUCAUGUGCUGCGCUUCCUGAGGGUGUUUCACUUCCUCCCGUACCUGAAGAGGCAACUGCUGGUCCUGAAGAGGACGAUUGGAGAGGCAUCCACUCUGUGCUGGUUAAUGCUGUUUGUCAUUUUCAUUUUUAGCAUUGUGGGCAUGCACCUCUUUGGAUGCAAAUUUCACUUCAGGUCAAUAUAUAAUGAAACCGUUGAUGAUCGAAAAAACUUUGACAGCCUGCUGUGGUCCAUGGUCACUGUGUUCCAGAUUCUGACUCAGGACGACUGGAACGUGGUGCUUUAUAAUGCCGCGGCUGCCACCUCCCCGUGGGCAGCUAUCUACUUUAUUGCCAUCAUUGUGUUUGGAAAAAAUGUUCUUCUUAAUGUACUGGUGGGCAUAGUGGUUGACAGCUUCCAGGCCAGGCCCAGGGAAAACAUUCAUCAAGACUCCUCUCGCUGUCCCAGCUUGGUAUGUGAGGCAGAAAGCUCCCUUGAGGAGGGCCCCAGAACAAUCACAGGAGAAUAUUCUGUUCCUGCCACUGAGCCCAGCAGAUCCAAUGGGAGUGCCUCAGCCUCUGAGAUUCCCUCCACACAGACAAAAAACAACAGUUUCACUAGAUUUUUGAAUAGGAUUCAGAAAGUGCUGCUGUGGUGCCAACAGCAUAAAGACUGGUCAUUGUACAUGCUGUCUCCACAGAACAGGUUGCGUAGAUUUUGCCAGCGUUUGAUCUCUCACAAGGCGUUUGACCAUGUGAUUCUCUUCUUCAUUCUGCUGAAUUGUGUCACCAUUGCUAUGGAGAGGCCCAGCAUAAACCCUAAAAGCAUGGAACGCUUGAUCCUGAAUGUAUCCUGUUCUGUUUUUACUGCCGUCUUCCUGAUCGAGAUGGUUAUUAAGGUUAUAGCUCUUGGCUUGGUGAUUGGGAAGGGCAGCUACUGCCGGUCAUACUGGAAUCUCAUGGAUGGCUUUUUGGUGAUUCUGUCCUUAACCAACUUUAUUAUCACUUUGGUCACUUCUGACAAAAAGAACAUGCUCAGCAUCCUCAAAGUUUUUCGGCUGCUAAGAACACUUCGCACGCUGAGGAUGAUCAAGCAAACCCCAAAACUGAAGCUGGCUGUCAAAGCUCUUAUUGCCUCUGCUAAACCAAUUGGGAACAUUGUCCUGAUUUGCUGCGUCCUCUUCUUUUUCUUUGGGAUCCUUGGGGUUCAGCUGUUUAAAGGAAAGUUCUUCUACUGUGAAGGUGAAAACACUUCAAACAUCACCAAUAAGGCCGAUUGUCUCUCUGCUAAUUAUACGUGGGUUCGGAAAGAGUACAACUUUGACAACUUGCCUCAGGCUCUGAUAGCCUUGUUUGUGAUGUACUCUAAGGACGGCUGGAUGAACAUCAUGUAUGAUGGACUGGAUGCUGUGGGAGUAGAUCAACAGCCUGUGAAGAACUAUAACGAAUGGAUGCUCAUUUAUUUCAUCUCCUUCAUGGUAAUGAGCUUUUUCCUCCUCGACAUGUUUAUUGGCGUCAUGGUGGAGACCUUCCAUGUGUGCCAGCAGCAGCAAAAACAAUCGCUGCAGAGAGGAGGAAACUCACGGGAUAAACGUAAAGGUGAUGAAAAUAAAGCAUCGUUGGGUAGAGAGGAGAAUUAUUUCAGGCACUACUCCCUCGUGCGUCGCCGUAUCUAUGACCUGAGUACCAGCAGAUUCCUCGAGUUGUUCAUGACAGUAGUCGUCUUCAUUAAUGUCGUGUUGAUGGCUUUGGAACACUAUAAUCAGCCUUUGUAUGUGGAUCAGAUGAUAGAGUACUCCUUCUAUGUGUUCACUGUCCUCCUGGUCCUGGAAAUCAUGCUAAAGGUUGUGGCGUUUGGCGUACUGAGGUUCAUAAAAAACAGUUGGAAUGUGCUGGACAUCGCUAUAGUCUUGGUUUCCAUCAUCGUUAUCAUUUUCACCAAGAUGAAUAUGGAAGACACUCUUCCGAUUAAUCCCAGCAUCCUGAGAGUCACUAGAGUGCUCAGACUAGCACAAGUGCUGAAGGCCAAGAAGAUCAGAGUUCUGCUGAGAACCAUUACUAAGACACUGUCACAGGACACAUUACGCCCAUGCCGUCCCAAUGAUAAAGCCUGUCCCAGCUACCUGUGGUGGGCCUCGCCAAUCUGCUUCGCCACCUUUGUGGUCAUGAUUCACUUUGUUCUGGCAAACCUGGUGGUGGCAGCUGUCAUGCAAGCAUUGGAGGAAAGCAAAGAGGUAGUGUUGCUACAUGUGAACAGACUUAGAGAGCCCACAAACAUGCAGGUAUUCACCAAUAAGAAGAUCUGGUUUUGA